AUGGCGCAGUUGACGCCUGCCCGCACCUUGCAGAGGUGGAAGGAUCAUGCAGUCCUUUUUAAAGUCCAUAUUUCGUUCAAAGAGGAGAUCAGGUUUGGGCCAUGCCGUUUGGUUUUGAAAGCCAGCGCGACUACGCGAUACUCAUCUCUAUGGCAGGGAGGUCGAGAUGGAACGUUCAUAGCGAGCGAGUCCCAGCUUAAACGAUUUGGGGGUGGAGAGGCCGAACCCGCCAGGGUCUCGCGACCAGGCAGCCAUCGCCACCCCGAUUAUCCCCGACCACUCCCUGGAGGUAGGACGGAAAGCCAUCGACCUUGUGUGGUACUGAGUAUAAUCUGCAAAAGCCCCGUACUUCUCGCUAGUUCGUCACGGCGAGUUCCUCGCAUGGAUAGCGCGGAACGUUAUGGCGAUACUCCUACAGAUAUUUAG